GGGCAGGUCACACGAACCCGCUCGUCACAGGAUGCCUUCCCGGGUCCGGUUACGCCCCAGAUGGCGUUCUGACAUCCCUGGCUGGUGAAUAAUUAAGCUGCCGCCUCCUUCCCGCCCCCUUCUGCCACUUCCUUCCCUGCCCGCUGAGCAGUGGGCAGCAGAGCACCGGCCCCAGCGCUCCUGCCCCGCCAGGUCCGCCAGCCUCCUGCCCGCACCGGGUGCUCCCCGCUCAUGGCCCCCGAGAUGGACCAGUUCUACAGGUCCACCGUGGCCAUCUACAAGAGCAUCAUGGAGCAGUUUAACCCUGCGCUGGAGAACCUGAUCUACUUGGGGAACAACUACCUCCGGGCCUUCCAUGCUCUGUCCCAGGCGGCCGAGGUGUACUUCACCGCCAUCCAGAAGAUCGGGGAGCAGGCCCUGCAGACCUCCACCUCGCAGAUUCUGGGUGAGAUCCUGCUGCAGAUGUCGGACACCCAGAGGCACUUGAACUCUGACCUGGAGUUGGUGGUGCAGACAUUCCAUGAAGACCUGCUGCAGCACUUGGAGAAGAACACCAAGCUGGACAUGCAGUUCAUCAAAGACAGCCGCCAGCACUACGAGAUUGAGUACCGCCAGCGAGCCGCCAACCUGGACAAGUGCAUGUCGGAGCUGUGGCACAUGGAGCGCAAGAGGGACAAGAAUGCAUGGGAGAUGAAGGAGAGCGUGAACCGGCUGCAUGCCCAGAUGCAGGCCUUCGUGUCGGAGAGUCAGCGCACAGCUGAACUGGAAGAGAAGCGGCGAUAUCGCUUCUUGGCUGAGAAGCACCUAGUGCUGUCCAACGCCUUCUUGCAGUUUUUUGGCCGGGCCCGGGGGAUGCUCCAGAACCGCGUGGUGCUGUGGAAGGAGCAGUCAGAGGCCAGCCGCGCGCCGUCCCGCGCCCACUCCCCGGGCCUGCUGGGGCCCGUGCUGGGGCCGCCCUACCCCUCGGGCCGCCUGACGCCCACCCGCCUGGACAUGCCCCAGCCUCUGGGAGACUUCGGCUCCCCCCGCAGCCGGCACGGCUCCGGCUCCUACGGCCCCGAGCCCCCCGAGGCGAGGUCCGCGCCCCAGCUGGAGCCCGAGCGCCGGCCCCUGCCCCGGACGCCGUCGACGUCCUCGCUCUACGCCGGCGGCGCGCCGCGCUCCCGCUCCAACUCCUUCGGCGAGCGCCCGGGCGGCGGCGGGGCGCCCCGGAGAGUCCGCGCCCUCGUCUCGCACUCGGAGGGCGCCAACCCCACGCUGCUGCGCUUCUCGGCCGGGGACGUGGUGGAGGUGCUGGUGCGCCAGGCGCAGAACGGCUGGCUCUACGGCAGGCUGCAGGGCUCGGCCACGAGCGGCUGGUUUCCUGAGGCCUAUGUGAAGCCUUUGGAGGAGCUGCCCAUGAGCCCCUUGAACCCUGUGGGCUCCGUGAACCCCAUGAGCCCUAUGAAUGAGCUGCCUUCCAGGUCCUACCCACUGCGGGGCAGCCACAGCCUCAAUGACCUCCUGGACCAGCCGGGCAACUCCACGGUGCCCCCGCCCCCAGACCUCUGGGACGGCCAGCCCCGCUCCCGGACCCCGAGCCGGGUCCCGAGCCGCACCCCCAGCCCCGCACCCCCAGCCUUGCCUAGCAGCCGCAGAGGCAGCUUGGGCAGCGUGGGGGUGGCCAGUGACGCCAAGAAACUUACGUCCUGGGAGCAGCAGCCCCCAGAGCUCUUCCCGCGGGGCACGAAUCCCUUUGCCACCGUGAAGCUGCGUCCCACCGUCACCAACGACCGCUCUGCGCCCCUCAUCCGCUGAGGGGCCUCCAUCCGGCCCUGAGGCCCCCCCCACACCGCCUGGGGUGCCCAGAGCUGGCCUGGCGGUGGCGGCAGCACCAGUAGCAGCAGCAGAUCCACGAAGCCAAAGCUGGGGCUCUGA